UCUCAAGUCUCAACAACCAAAUUGGGCUCAAGCCAACUCUUUGAAUUAGUAACGACGUUCUUCUCAAAAAGGGGGAAAAUAUCUAUCGCACUUGAAUCGACGCAGACCCUGGAUUGAUUUGAGUUGAGUGUAGAUCAAACCUAAUCAAUUCAUCCUCUCAAGCUAAUUUCUAAGCCCCUCCUCAAAAUCUCGAAAAACCUUGAAAAUAUGCCAACUUUGACGAAACUUGUCAGUAUGCAAGAAGCUUCCGAGCACAAUUCCAAGGAUGACUGCUGGGUUGUCAUCGAUGGCAAGGUUUAUGAUGUGACAUCUUACUUGGAUGAACACCCUGGUGGAGACGAUGUACUUCUCACUGCAACUGGUAAAGACGCGAAAGAAGAAUUUGAAGAUGUCGGACAUAGCCAAGAUGCAAGGGACAUGUUGAAGAAUUAUUUUGUUGGGGAGAUAGACCCAUCUGCUGCUACUAUACCAGAAACUAAGCAAGAAGAAAGAGCGAACACCAUCCAAAAGAUUAAGGACUUAACUCGACAGUACUGGGCCGUUCCUGUUGCUGUCGUUGGAAUCUCCGUUGUACUUAGCUUCAUUUACUUACGCAGGAAGUGAGGAACAUGUAGAAGAACCAACUCGCAUGUAGAGAAGCGUCUACUCAAUAUGAGUUUCACAACCAUUGAAUGAGGAGAACGAGCUUAUCAGUUUUGACAGAAUUUUCAAGUUGUCUUUCAGUAUCUUUUCAUUCUUGUAAAUCCUGCUACACUUGUGGUAGCAGGGUCAUUGGCGAAUGCUAGACAUUAUUUUUUUUAGCAUCAAGGUUAUCUCUUACGUUAUUGACUCUUACAAUUUCCACACUACCGAAAACUCCAGCAGUGACAGAAGCAACCGUAGCAGGAUCCCUAUCAGUUGGUACAGGACGAUUGCCGAUCUCACCCAAAAACUUCUUUCUUGAAUGUCUAAUUAGUAAGGGACAGUGAGACACAGCCAAGCAGGAAUGCAUGAUAAUUCUGCAUCUAGAACCCUGGAGCUCGAUUCUGGAGCCACUUUCUUACAAACAUCAUUGUAUGUUACGUUCUCGACAUUUUGCAUUGAAGUUGGAUUUCCGAGUUGCCA